AUGCAACCUCAACCUAUUCAAUCUAAUUCAAAUAUCACUUCUACUUUGUCUAAAAUAUCAGAAUUUCUUAAGGAAUUAGAUGAAAAGGAAGAAACUGGACAUUACUACCAAAAUUUUUUAGAAGAAUUUGAAAUACAACGAAUCUUAGUUAGAUAUUUAAGAAGAUUAACAGAUAAGCAAUUCGAUAAAUAUAGAGUAAAGACUAUUAGCGCACAGCAAACAUUGCGAAAAUAUGCAGAAAAAUUACA